CAACUACCAAUUGGCAUCACUGACUAUGCUAGCCAAGUGGGCGAAGCAUUGUUGAAGGAUUGAAGGAGACAAAACCCUGCUCGCUGUAGCUUGUAAUUCAGCUCAAUAUACGAAACAAUGGCUUGACCUACCACGAGGAGCCCGGAAGCUCCAGAUAUAAGCUUCCCACGUAGCCCCCAUUCCUCGCCAUUUCGACUUGAGCAACCCCUUUAACAGUUUCUCACCGAAUAUGCUUCGCUAUUCUGUAAUACUAUUAGUUGCCGCCUUUGCCACGGCGGCGACGGCAACGGCGACUAAACCGCCACCAGUGACUGUUACUGUUACUGUUGCGUGCGAGUCUACUCCUACGCCCACGGUCGACCUUGGAUAUGGACGGUACGCUGCAACUGUCAAUGACACUGGAUACCCUUACUACAAGUUCAGUAACAUCCGAUAUGCAGCACCUCCCGUUGGAGAUCUCCGCUUCAGACAACCAGUUGCGCCAUCAGGCAGUGACAGCACUGUCCAUGGUGGCAAGACUGGCUACUCAUGCAUGCAAGGCGAUCCAGCUUGGUACCUCCAAGUUGCUGCUGGGCUAGUGCUGCCAGCAUUUAUAGAGGGAAAGAAUGUUUCGAGUGUCGUGGGCAAAGCUGCCGCAUCACAAGAUUCUAGUUCUCCGGCAACUCCUAGUUUAUCUGAUAUCCCCAAACAAGAUGCUACUACUUCGGAGGACUGCCUGUUUUUGGACGUGCUGGUCCCACAGACAAUAUACGAGUCCCCUCGAAGGACAGAUACCAAAGGAAAGGGAGGCGCACCGGUCCUGGUUUGGAUCUAUGGUGGUGGAUAUACGUCGGGCGAUAAAAGUGGCCAUGCUGAGACCCUCCUCGCGAGCGCCAAAGACAAUGGUGAGGAUGGGUUCAUAUAUGUGGCUUUUAACUACCGCUUGGGUAUGUUUGGUUGGCUCGCUGGUUCAACUUUAGAAAAAGAUGGCUCGGCAAACGUUGGCCUCUAUGAUCAGAAACUCGCCUUGGAAUGGAUUCAGAGCAAUAUCCACCUCUUUGGCGGAGAUGCGGAGAGAGUCACAGUUAUGGGAGAGAGUGCCGGCGCAAGUUCCAUAAUGCACCAUAUCACGGCAUAUGGGGGAAAGAAGGGGAAUGCACCUUUUCGGAGAGCCAUACUCCAGAGCCCAGGCUGGCUCCCCAGUAAGGCCGCCGCCGCCGACGAAAAUAUCUUUCAACAGACGCUCACAAUCGCAUCUACUGUCACCAAUAAGAAGAUCACUACCCUUAGUGGCUUACGCAGUCUUACGUCAAGCGAGCUCUACUUGGUCAAUGCUGCUGUGGUUGGCCUCUCGCCAUAUGGAAGCUUCACCUACGGCCCGACGGUAGACGGCGACUACGUACCGAAACUCCCUGGGGAUUUGCUCCUUAAUGGGAACUUUGACAAGAGCGUUGAAGUUAUGGCUGCGCAUAACGCCAAUGAAGGCAUCCUCUUCGCAACGCCCUUUGCAAAGUCCAACAAAGACAUGGCAACGUACCUCAAGUCUGCUGUCCCAUCCUUGGACGACACGGCAUUGGAAGUUAUCCUCGACUCUGUGUACCCUGAAGUCUUCGACGGCUCUUUUGACUACACCGACCAAUUCGAGCGAGCCGCGACCAUUGUGGGCGAGGCAUUUUUCUCGUGCAACACGCGUUACCUCGAAGCCGCGUUUGGGGAGAAGUCAUACAGCUAUCUCUUUGACGCUGUAAACAGGGGCUUCCAUGGCGAAGACUUGACAUACACUUUCUACAACGGCCCAUCAGCUGUCGCAGAUGGCGGAACCGUCAACGCAACAGUCGCCAAAGCGCUGCAGAGUUAUAUCACCCACUUCGUGGCGACGGGUAACCCGAACGGAGGUUCUGCGCCAUUCUUCCCUCAGUACGGGUCGAAUUCGAGCGUGCAGGUCGUGGCGCCGGAUGACUUUGGGACUCAGAUUACGGAUCCUGAGGAUAACAAGAGGUGUUCGUGGUGGCAGUCAGCGACCGUGUAUGAUGACUGAGGAGUUGAAGUUUAACUGGAGGAAUUAAUCGUUACGUCCAGCCUCGGGAUGUGAAAUGUUGGCUAUAUUUCCGAAAUAUGAGUACACCAUACUUGAAUGGUCCCGCUGUCGCUGCCCCUCCUCUUCUUCAUUUCUCGACAACGGGAGCAUCUAUUCCUAGCUGUCUAGGGUGAGGCAAAAUUUAUAUAAGGAGACAAAACAAAAUGACAAAAACAUACAACAGUGGGUAUUACUAUUCCUAAGGCAACGUAGGUAGAUACAGGCACUUACGCUACUACUAUAUUAGUUAUUAGCUUUAUUACCCUCCUUUAUAACGUAUUUCACGUACGAGUGGGCCACACGGACGAGUGGGCCACGAAAACACCAAAAUUGACUAUUACUGCC